CAUUGUAUGGAGUUCUUUUUCAAAAUCGACUAUUUUCGGCAACGGCAUCGGCAUGUCUUUAAACCAUCUCCGUCUCUUUGAAGUGUUUCUGGCGGAAAUUAAUUCUGGAAUGUGGUUGAAAAUGUGAAACCGGUAUCGCAGGAAAUCGAAAAAGAAUGAAGGAAAUUGCUCCAACACGACUUUUUUGCACAAAGAAUUCGCGAACUGAUCGUAUUAACCAGUAAUAAUAAUAAUAAAAAAACUUUUCCUUUACGUACAAGAAUGAAAGAAUUCUGGGACAUAUCCAGGUAGAUCACGUCUUGUUCCGAUCCUCGAUCACGACCAUGGAUGCCGAUAAUUCCACCGGCAUCCCCAUCAGAGUUGAUGGCAGUAAUCCUCAGACUUCAACCAUCAAAGAUGUUGGCGAAAUGUUGUUCAACAGUUCCACGGAAUUCUUGUUUCUCUUCGACGACGUCGAUCAGUAUUUGAACCGUGUGAAUUACAGCGGAAACGACAGUGAAAUCAAGACGUCUUUGGACCACCAGUUGCUGAACUGUUCUCAAAUCGUUAAUGACAGUUGUGCUUAUCGAACUGAGCUACGCGAGUACAACUAUUGGGCACUGUUACUUGUCGUCUUUCCAAUUUUUACUUUGUUCGGGAAUGUUCUUGUUAUUUUGAGUGUUUAUAGGGAACGAACUUUGCAAACUAUCACCAAUUACUUUAUCGUUAGCUUGGCAUUAGCUGACCUCUUAGUUGCAGUUGUGGUUAUGCCUUUCGCCGUUUACGUUUUGGUAAAUGGUGCUUGGGCCCUUCCAAGUUUUGUGUGUGAUUUUUACAUCGCCAUGGAUGUUACCUGUUCCACUUCUUCCAUAUUUAAUUUAGUUGCCAUUUCGAUAGAUAGGUACUACAACGACGACACUGCCUGGCCCAUUAUAAACAGAACGAUAAUUAAAAUUUCGCAAAGGUGCUUCAUUGACGAGUUUUUGGACAAUGAACUUAGAGACCUAUUUUAA